GAUAUAAACUUAAAAUAAAACUAUUGUAAUUGUGAAUUUCGAUAUAAAUAAUUAUAGUGUGAUUGGUGUUGUGUAGUGAAGUGAUAACGUCAAGCUCAGCUGGUCGGAGAGCGGUAAAAUUUUGCUAUUUUUUCUAAGUCACGGCAAGCUCUUUUUGUGCUCCAUUUCCUCCGAAAGUGUAAUUCUCACGAUCGCGUUUAUUUGUACCGCAAUAGCGUAAAUAAUAUGACGUAGUGAAUGGUAGUGAAAUAGUGCAAAAUGAGUGAACAAGCUGAAGCCCCGAGUGAUACGAAUCCGCCGAUGCGGUCGUCUGUGUCCUCUGAAGAUGCAUCAUCAGUCAGCACCACCUCCACCAGACCUGCAACCCUGGCCAAGCCCUCCGGCCUCAAGCCUCCUACUAAAAUUGGAAGACUAUGCUCGAAUUCUGCUCCGAAACCAGCCAUCCCUCUGUCACCAAGAACUGACGGAAGCACGUCGGAAACGCCCCGGAAAUUGUCGGAGGACUCGUCGCGAAAACAUUUGUCAGAUUUGAUAGAAGAGGACGAAAUCUCCUGCAGUUUGCCGGACAGACCGCGAUCUCGCCGCAGGGCCUCUACGAGCAGCAGGUCGAGCGUCAUGUCGAUCGAGGCGCUCUGGGAGAAGCACCCGCGGCGACUCAGCGAGGCCGGCCUGCGACGGUCCUCAGAUCACAGCGUCGUACUAACAGAGGACACCGACAGUUUUAUCAUAGGAGAUCGCGUUUGGGUGGGUGGUACAAAGCCUGGUCAGAUCGCUUAUAUUGGCGAAACACAGUUUGCGCCUGGAGACUGGGCCGGAAUCGUACUUGAUGAUCCCAUCGGUAAAAAUGAUGGAUCAGUUGCGGGUCAUCGCUAUUUUCAAUGUCCAGAAAAGCGUGGAGUAUUUUCCCGUUUAACACGUUUGACUCGCGAACCUUUGGUCGUUCAUACACCACACGAUGCAUCCCCCUCGUCUGAUGCGGGGAGCGUCUUCGAGAGACCGCCCUCAGGAUCCGCCAGGCCUAGACGUACGCUUUCACCGAACGGCAGCGUACGAAGCAUGGUCAGCAGUAAAAUGAACGCUUCUAUUUCAACAACGACAAACGGAGAAGUGCGUAUUGGCGAUCGAGUUAUUGUCUCGAGCAGCCGAGGAAGCAAAGCUGGUACUUUGCGUUAUGUGGGCGCCACAGAAUUCGCUGCUGGAGUUUGGGCCGGUGUAGAAUUAGAUGAUCCUUUGGGAAAGAAUGAUGGUUCCGUUGAUGGCAAGAGGUACUUCGAGUGUUCACCGCGCUUCGGUCUUUUCGCUCCGAUAUCAAAAGUUUCCCGAUCGCCUUCGAAUCGCAAGCCCGGUACAUGUGCGAUCCAUAGCAGCAACGGUCGCGCUACACCCAUACGUCGCUCCAACUCGCGCGAAUCUCUCACAUCUCUGGGGACAUCUAUAGCGUCUUCCCGAGUGGGGGUGAGGCUUGGGGUGACGUCGCUGGGUUCUCAGCGAGUCGGUCCACGCGCCUCCUCCACGCCCGUCUCGGCGAAAAACGCGCUGCAGGAGUUGCUUCGAGAGAAACAGCAUCAUUUAGAGCGACUGAUGAGGGAGAGGGAACUAGAGAGAUCUGAGACGGCGAAAGUGUCUAUGCAGGCGGUUCGCGCUGAAAACGCGCUGGAACAAGCCAGGAAAGAUGCUGCCCAGAUUAAUUCGGAAAACGUUAGGAUGAAAGCAGAGUUGGAGAAAAUCAAUAAAAUGUUAGAAGAUGAGCGUCAGAAAGUUGAAGACUUGAUGUUCAGAAAUGAAGAGGAAAACAUUAACAAAGAAGAUUACAAUAAAUACAGAGAAGCAAUGGAGGAAGAGAAAGCCGCUCGGGAGAAGCUUAUUCGUGAGUUGGAAGCUGAGGUGGCAUUACAAGCGGCCCGGGCAGAGACGACUGCGGCGGCACUCCGAGUUGUUGAGGAACAGAGCAACGUCGAGAUGGCUGCUGUCGUCGAACAACACAAGGAGGAACUAGCGGCGGCACAAACUUUAUCUUCAGAAUUACAGAAUUUGUUGGAUGAGGCAUACGCGCUACUAAAAGAAAAGGAAAGCGAAAAAGAUUCCCUGGGCAAAAGUCUCACAGACGAACUGACCAAAGUUAAAAAUGAAUCCGAGAAAGCCCUCAAUGAAGCGAAAACCAAAAUGACUAUUGCGCAAACAGAAUUUGAAACGCAGCUAUCGAUGAUAACCUCUAAACUACAGUUGGCGGAAUCGAAACUGGAGACCGAAAAGCAGAAUGUUGAGAGGUUGAAUAAAGAAAAUAGCGAUAUAAUUUCAGAUCUUAAUAGUAAAUUAACCUCGCUUCAGGCAAUCGUAGAUGAUAAAACGUUAGAAUUAAAUAAAAUUACCGGUGCUAGCAAAGAACACGAAUUAAACCUUAAUAAAGAAAUCACCAAGCUCAAAAUGGAAUUAAGUGCCAAAAUUGUAGAUAUAGAACAAUUAGAAGACUUCAAGAAAAAACAGGAGUCCAGUUACAAAACUCUCCAAGAUGAAUUCCUUGGAAUGAAAGAUGAGUUAACUAAAAAAAUUAAUGAAUACGAAACGUUUUUGAAUGAAGCUUCCCAACAAGACGAAAAAAACAAAUCAGAUAUUCUAAAAUUGCAACAAGACUUAAAUCAAAAAUCAAAGGAAUAUGAACGAUUGCUUAAUGACACGAGUAAAUCGUCCAACGUUAAUGAAAAGCUGAUAGAUGAGUACAAGAAAACAAUACAUGAGAGAGAUAAGGAAAUUAUCAAACUAAAAGAUGAUUUUGAACAUACGACUGCCAAUUUCAACAUUAAACACACGAAGAUUGCUGAAGAACACAAAAAAGAAAUUGAGGAUCGUAAUACUAAAAUCGAGCAACUACAAAAAGAAAUUGAAAUCAGCAAACAAGCUUUGGAUCAAAGUAAAAUUGAUUUAGAUGCAUUAAAUACACAAUUUGCAUUAAACAAUGACGAAUUAAAUUUAUUACGUGAAGAAAAUAAAAAGCUUAAACAAACUAUUAAUGAGAUCACAGAAACUAAUUCACAGCUUAAAGAGAAAAUUUCUCAGAUGGAACUUGAAAUUGGCGAACUAAAACGACAACUCAAUAGUUCCAUCGAAAAAUGUGAUGAAUUACUAAAAUCUAAAGAGAAAAUAGAAAGUGAAUGCCUUAACCUUGCUGGUCAAACAACUAAUUCAAACGAACAGUUUACAAAACUGUCCCAACAUUUAAAAGAUACUGAAAAUGAAUUACAAAACCUUAAAGAUAAAUACAGAGAAUCAGCUAACAAUUUUGGAAGAUCAGAACAAGAAUUAAAACAGAAACUGUUCAAAAUACAAGAAGAUUUUGGUGUCGAAAAGAAUCAAUUGUUGCAAGCAGUAGAAGAGAAUGUUGCCAAAGUAAAUGAAGCUGAAAAUAAAAUUAAAGAAUAUGAAAAUCAAAACUCAGGACUUACAACUCGUCUUAAUGAACUAGAACAACAAAAUAAUAGUAUAUUAGAUGAGAAUUCGAUACUGAAGAAAGAAAUUGAAAACCUUAAAAUAAAAGAGCAAGACCUUACUAAUGAGUACGAUGCAGCUCGUAAAAAAUUAGAAAUAGACAUUGAUAAAUACAAAGAAGAAAUUUCUGUUUUGAAAGCUGAUGGUGCAACUUCUGAAGUUAAACUAAUGGAGAAAGUAGAUCAACUUACAGAAGCUCAAAACGACUUAAAUAAUAAAUUAGAAGAAGCUAGAAAAAACGAAGAUUCGCUUCAAAAGAUAUUAGAGGACGUCAAUUCACAAUUAAAGAAUCAAAAACUUAUACACGAAAAGGAUAAGACUUCUCUACAAGCCCAGUUAAGCGAGUUUACUGAUAAAAUUAAACAAUUAGAAUCUGAAGAAAUUCAACUAAAACAAUUGCUUGAAGAGAGGCAAAAUAAUAUUAAAGAACUGACACUUAAAGUGGAAAUGCUUGAAAUAGAUAUUAAAUCGAAUGGAGAUAUCAUAUCAGAAAAAGAUCGUCAAAUUGGUAAUAUCACUGAAGAAUUAAAUAAAGCUAUAGAUGCCAAAAAUAAAUUGGAAGAGAAUUUUACAAAAUCACAACAGGAAACUGCUUCUAUCAGACAACAAUUUGAACAUUUAAUAAGUAGUGCAUCGGCUGAGGAAUCAGUUAUUAAAGAGCAGUUAGCACAAAUGGAAAGCCUUAGAUUAGAACAUGCGGCUAUCCUUAAAGAUAAGACUGAACUCGAAGCUAAAUAUAAAGAAACAUCCAACGAAGUUGCGCACUUGAAAACUGAAUUGAGUAAUGCUUCUGCUAAACUAAAUGAACAUAUAGAAUUAGUUAAUAAUUUGAAGAAAUCAUUAGAAGAAAAUAAAAUUGCAUUGAAAUCAGAAACGGAGAAAAACGAAAAUAUAACAAACAUUAAUAAAAAGUUACAAGAAGAUUUACACAAGUUCCAAGAUGAAAUUUCUACGAAGGAUAAAUCUCUGCAAGAUUUGCAAAAUCAAAUAGACGAUCUUAAUAAAAAUUUGACUUCAGGAACUAGUGAGACGCAACAAAUAAUAAAUGGACUGAAGACUGAAAAUAAUGACCUAAAAAAUAAACAUGCUUCAGAAGUAGAAUCUCUCAAUAUUAAUUUAAGACAAGCUCAAGUCCAAUUAGAAGAAAAAGAUAAACAAUUGACCGAAUUACAAAGUACUAAGGAAAAAUUAAAUGAUUUACAAGUUUUAUUGACAAAGUCAGAGGAAGACAUAAAAAAAUUAACUAACAUAAAUGACGCUCAGAAGGCAAAUUAUGAAGACUUGAAUAAACAGCUACAAACAGAAUUUAGCGAGUACAAGAAGCUAAGUAAAACAUCAAAACACGAAUUGAAGAGUAAAAUACAUGAGUAUGAGAAGGAAUUAAAUGAGUUUAGAGAUAAGAUAGCGCAUGACCAAUCAAAUCAUAAGAUAGUUAAAGAAAAACUCAUUGAGACUGAAAAUAAGUUAGCUGAUGUCUCUCAGCAGCUUGAACUAUUACAAGUGCAGCAAGUCAGUAAAGAAAAUGCAGAUGAAAGAUUAGAAAAACUAACCUUAGAAUUACAAGAAUUAAGGAAAACUAGCACCGAAUCAUUAGCAAGUAGUGAAAAAGUUGUAAGUGAUCUCAAGAAUGACGUUGAAAGAAAAAUAAAAGAUAUGAAGACAAAAGAUGAGUUAAUAAGUAAAUUACAAGAGGAAGUGAAGAACUUCAAAGCCAAACUAGAAAUAGCAGAAAGGGAAAAAAUAGUCCUCCAAAAGGAAAUGGCGAGCAAAGCCAACAACGUUCGAGACAAAAACGACAACACAGGAGUUGGACUCAUAGGGCAGGGUGACACAGGUGCUAAUAAAUUAACAGAAGAGAAGGAGAUGAUAGAUGGUCAAGUGAGUUUCCUGAACUCGGUGAUAGUGGACAUGCAGCGGAAGAACGAGCAGCUGAUGGCGCGCGUGCAGGCGCUAGAGGGCGCCGCCGUGCCCAGCGAGCCGGUUGUCGUCAACGGUCGCAAGCCGCGCGCGGUCGCGCCGCGUCUAUUCUGCGACAUCUGUGACGUGUUCGACGCGCACGACACGGACGACUGCCCGCGACAGUCGCAGCCCGACCUGCCCGCGCAGCCGAGCGACAAGCCGCGACCGCCGCCGCGAGCGUACUGCGAUAUAUGCGAAGUUUUUGGCCACGAUACGGAGAACUGUGAUGAAGAAGUUACAUUUUAACUCAUAUUUAUAUUGACUUAGUUUUACUGUUACCAUUGUUGUUGUUACUUUCGUGGUAGUUAUUUAUUAUAAACCAAUCAUGGUUUACUUUUAUAUGAUUAGGAAAAGAUAUUUGUAAAUAUUGUGCUUAUUUUAUUAUUUUGCAUGUUCUAAUUUAUUUGGUGCAUGGAAUUUUAUUUUUCAUAUACAUUAUCUGGUCAUAAUGCAUAAUGAGAAUCGUUGUAGCACAAAUAAAUUCAUCACAAUCACUUUUAUGUUCUUUUUAAACUAAAAUCAAUGCAUAAUUAAACACGAAACAGAUUUUUUAAAAUAAUAAAAUUAUUGAAAGAU